AUGUUGCCAGAAGAGGCUCAGGGCCUGCGUCAAAGACGAUGGGAUCUGUCUGACUCGAACGAGACUGUGACGCCACUCACGAAGUCUGACGAAUCUAAUGCUCGCAAGCAGGAAACGGUCGUAUGGGGAAAGACACCAGGCGGAGAAGUAUUCCGUGUACCCACAACUCAUGAUGUUUUGACGUUGUUCCAUCCUGGAUACCCAAAGUCGCACCUGGAUUUACUGAAUCUCGCUCUGCUCGGAAUGCAACUAGUGCUCUUCUUCAUCUCUCCCCGUUCAGUAUCAAGAAUUUUCUUUUUCUUUUACUUCGCAUUCUGGCGCGCUGCUUAUGAUGUGGGGCUCGGUUGGGUCCUCACCAAACAAAGCAAAAGGAAGUGGAUCGUGCGAACGGUACAAAAGCUUGGAUGGCUGGAUGAGGAGCGCAAACCCGCAGUGAGAAAUUGGAUUAGGAAACAGCUUGCUGGAAAAAUGGGCAAAGACUAUUCCUUCGAUGAACUGCCGUUGGAAUACAACACGUGGCUACUUUUCCGCCAAGUCGUAGAUAUCAUUCUGCUGAAUGAUUUUGUCGCAUAUUGCAUGUUCGCCUUCUCGUGUUUUCGUAUUCCCGACGACCUGUCGACUACGGUGCAUGUAAUGAGAUGGAUUGGUGGGGUUGCGCUCAUCGCUUUCAAUCUAUGGGUCAAGACAGAGGCUCACAAUGUCGUUAAGGAUUAUGGUUGGUACUGGGGUGACGUCUUUUUCCAGCGUGGUGCGCUCGUGUUUGACGGCGUGUUUGAAUUGGCACCUCAUCCCAUGUAUUCCGUUGGAUAUGCUGGAUAUUACGGCUUGUCGCUAAUCGUGGGCAGCUACGCUGUUCUAUUUGUCAGCUUGGCGGCGCACGCAGCUCAGUUUGGGUUCCUAGUCUUUUUCGAGAAUCCUCAUAUUGAACGAACAUAUGGUCAACGCAAGCCGCUCGCGUAUCGUUCUCCCGUCAUUGCGGCCCUCAGUCAGGCGGAUGUUCAAUCUGAAUCGCAUUCGCGCAAAGAUUCUUCGUCAUCCAUUGAGCAAACUGAGCUUUCCACGCCAUCUGCCACCGAGGGAGAAAGUGCUACCGAGCCGGAGGAGCUUUUCACGGAGACGGAAACCGAAACGGAGUUUGAGACCAACUUUACAAGCAACCGAAUUAAGCGCCUAACUGGGUUCUCGAGUCCUUUCAAUGGAGACCUGCUUUCUUAUGUUCCUAGCCGUGCCAGCUCUCCACCGCUAUCUCAGCAUGACCUGAUGAAUAGAUAUUUCAGGAAGGAUAUGGUUCUACUCAUGAACAUUGAUCUGUUGCGAUCUGCAGAUUUCAAGCUACUUCUCAUCAUGUUCUACCCGCUCGUGUCGGCUGUCAUCCCGACGCUCUCAUACAACAGUUUGCUCACGUUGUACUUUGUACACGCGCUGGCCUGGUGUUUGUUUCAUUCUGUCGGUCUUGGUCUCCUCCUUCGCGCCCAGUCCGAGAACAGGUUUCUCGUGAGGCACUUUUUGAAACAUUACCAUUAUCCGCACAAUGACCGUGGAAAGGGUGCCCUCCACGAGGCGUUCAACAGCUGGAAAUCUAUCUAUAACUUGAGCAUGUGCAUGACCUAUAUCUCUGCAAUCUGUCUUGCUUGGAAGACCUACAGUCUUCCGCAUGAAUGGACAGUUGGGAACGAGUUACUCCGGCACACUAUGGGUACUAUCCUCAUCGGGCUCCAUAUUUGGUCGACGAUGGAGUCUUAUGAGGUUUUGGGGCUCUUUGGAUGGUUCUUCGGUGACUUCUUUGUGGAAGACUUCCCUUCGCACCUCGAGUACACCGGAAUAUAUCGGUACCUAAACAACCCUGAAGUUGUGAGCGGCGCGGCGUUCUUCGGUCUCGCCUUGAUCAGCGGCAGCAAACUCGUGUUCGCUUUGGCCGUGAUUCGACACCUGUCACAAUGGUGGUUCUUGAGCAAGGUCGAGAACCCCCACAUGCGGAAACUAUACGGCGAUUCACUGCGCAGCGAUGCUGGAUUUGUUAAAGUCAUCAAGAAGGUUGCUCGGAAGAACGCACACCUACUCGAGUCCCGCGCCGGACGCCAUGCGCCGGAGAUUCGGAGGGUCGCGCGAGAAGUUAAGGGCACAUUUGACAAGGUAUACGAAGAGACCGCGGAGGUCAUGGAAGAAUUCUUGGCUAAAUCUCGUCCCAAGAUUUCGGAGGUAGUUCAGGACACCAAGAUUCUCCUGCAACAAUCCAGGGAGAAAUUAGUGAUCACUCGUGUCGCGAACAAUCUGUCCUCAUUCGACACUAGAAAGUAUAAGAUGGCCAUCGUCCCCAGUUCCGACGGCUCGCUGCACUUCCAUCUUGGAGAGCCAAUCCAGGUUAAAUGGCUGGCGCCGUCGAAUCACUCUCGCCGUGACUGGAUAGGUAUAUACAGAGUCGGGGCUAAUCAGUCAAAUCUGGUGACGAAGACGUCGUCCCUUGGCAUGUGGGUCCCGGUACAUGACGAGGAAUGGGAUGGUGACAUCCCGCUGAGCCUGAACAAUCAUAAUUCUACGGAAGGCGAGCCGGAAGGAGGUGAGGUCGUGUUUCAGCAUGGCGCCCUGCCCUGGAAGACCGGCCGAUACGAGAUCCGAUACCACCAUGACGGCAAGUACAAUGUUAUGAGCUUGGAUGGCCCAUUCGAGGUAUAUGUGGAGAAACCCGAGUCUCUCAGCUUCGCCACCAUCAGAAAGUGUCUCAUGCAUAUCGUACCCCUCUGCCUCGACUCUGAUGAAUCACUGAUCCCGCUAUCGUGCAAGCCCGAGGAGGCCCGGCAGGUCGAGCAAGAAGGCCGCGAUCCAGAUGACUUCCGCUUCUGGUCGGAGAGGCAGGCCAAGCGCAUAUCGGGUGCGAUCAGACAGGCCUUUGGUGUGGAACUUACUCCAGAAGUCAUCGUCGCCGAUGCAAACCUGAGUGCGUUGACCAAUAGGAUUUUGGUUGCGAAAGAGCUUCUGUCGCACUGA